UAUCCUAAACCUAACCAACUCCCACAAUUGACUCUUUCUUUCCUUCCCUUUUUUCUCCGAUCGGCCUCAACUACACCUCUACAAGUCGAACCUUCAAUCUGGUGUUACCCUCGCCUCCGGCUUCGUCUGAUUCCGCUGCUUCUAGCACCGCUCUACGUCUGCCUCCGCCAAGUGUCUGCCUCCGCUGCUGAUGUCUCAGUUUGUCGCCUUUUCUUACUCUAGCUUCUUCCUCGUUCUGGUGGCUACUGGAAGUUCUGUAUUGGCGAGAUGCGGUUGGAGGAUGUUAUGAUGGAGCAUAAUGAAGGUUUAGGAGUAGCCAUUAGCAGAUAAUAUAGGAUUACGCAUAGGAAUCUUAAAAUUUCGAAGAAAAGUGAAAGGUGAAAUUAGUGGUAGAUGCAAAUGGAGGAGCCAAUGCAAGAAAGUGAACAGAGAAGAAUGUAAAAAUCGUUGAAGAGAGGUGAAGAAAACGAAAACAGUGAGAAGAGCUGAAGAGGAAAACCAUUGUGAUGUGCAAACAGAAUGGCAGGGGCAACAUAUUCUGCAACCGCAAGAAGCCUUUAACUUCAACAGGAAAUAGGAUUAUAACAAACACCCAUUUAUUUUGGAAUGAACGGAAGUUGCUGAGAAAAUUGAAUCGAAGGGCAAUUUUGGGAAUUCAGUUAGAUGAUAGGAGCGGGAAAAUUCGAUUUGGGGUGGCUUGGAGAAUGCCACGUGGCAACAAUCUACUUAUUUAUUAGAUUAGUGGAUGUAGUUCUAAAAUUCAAAUAAACAAUUUUUUUGUUCAAUAUAGUUUUUUUUUGUUUAUUAAUAUCGGUAAUGUUUCUUUUUUAUUUCUUUUUUUUUUGUUUGUGAUGCUCGA